UGGUUGAUCACCACCGUUCUAUCAUCUUUGUUGACACCCACCUAAUAGCUGAUUAUUUUGUUUAACCAUGUCACUUCUACAGAAUUAUGAAUUGUUUUUUUACCCGUAUCACAAAUCAUCUUUUGUUUUAGUUCUUGGAGUAGAUAUUCAAUAAGGGUGUAGUAAAGAUUUUGUUUACCCAUAUUACACAUCUUUUGUUCUUGUGUAGUAGAUAUUUAAUGUGUGUAUAUAUAGGGAUUCAAUUGGGGUGUAGUAGAGAUUUCUUACAUAAAUCAGAACACUUUUUGUUUCUGUCCAGGUAAUAAGAUACAGAAAAUGCCAAGGGGUGCCCGCUUGACUGACAUUAGAAGACAUGCAAGACUUUCAACCCCAUAUCAUCUAACAGCCGGCCAACAAGGUCAUGAUGAGAGACAUGAUUCGGCGUUAAUUGCACCUUGCAUAAGAUUAAGUAAUAUUAGAAGGCAGGCUAGACAAGCCUCGCGUCUGAAAAAUACAUCUCCAGCAAUUCCUAGAGACGAUUUACAACAAAAUUCUACCAUACCCACUACUGCAAUUGUUACCCAUACACGGACAAGACAAGCCUCCCAUCCAACAAAUACAUCUCCAGCAAUUCCUAUAAACGGUGGGCAACAAAAUUCUACCAUACCCACUACUCAGAUUGUUACCCGUAGAUGGACAAGAAGCAACCACAAUCGCGCCAGAAACUAUGUUAACACAAGAAGAAUGACAGUACACAUGCUACCACAACCCACAAUAUGUGACAAAUGUGGUGCUAUGUUGUUUUCAUCUGAAACCAAGGAAAUGUGUUGCAAGAAUGGAAAAGUUUCAUCGCCACCACUUCGGACACCUGUCGAAUUAAGGAUGUUAUAUAAUGAUCAAAGUGAUGUUGGGAAGCAUUUUCGUCAAAACAUUAAGAUAUACAAUCAUAUGUUUGCUUUUACGUCAAUGGGAGUUCACUAUGAUGCAGGUCUCGCCAAUGGUUGUGAUAGAAUAUACACUUUCAGAGAUCAAGGAGGGAUCUACUAUAGGAUAGGUAGUCUCCUACCUACUGGGCCAAUGCCAAGACCCAUGCCAAGGUAUUUACAAUGGUACAUAUAUGAUAGUGAUAGGGAAAUUGAACUUCGGAUGCUGGAAAAUACUGAAAUGCAGGUUACUAUGGUUGAAAGACUAAAGUUAAUUUUAGAUCAACAUAAUCCUUUUGUGCAUCAAUUUAGACGUUUGGCAAUGAGAAGGGACAUACCAAAAUGUAAAUUAGUGCUUAGAGAGCAGCCAUUAGGGGGCCAUCAGUUCAAUCUACCUACAUCAGAUCAGGUUGCAGCAAUAAUAGUAGGAGGGGAAGAUCUAACAAACGUUAAACCACGAGAGACCAUUGUUGAAACCACCGAAGGGAAUUUGCAAAUGAUUCCGGACACAAUCGGUUAUUUUGAUCCUCUCCAGUACCCGCUUUUACUUCCAUAUGGGAACUACAGAUGGGAUUUGAACAACAGUAGUUCAGGCGGGCAACGAGUUAGAGUUAGUUGUCGAACAUUUUAUUCGUAUAUGCUUCAGGAAGACAAAUUACAAGGCCCCGAUGAUUAUGACAAGAUAAUAAGAGAAGAAAUACCUAACCUCGACGAAGAGCCAGAACUACACGAGUGUGUGAAAAAGUGGAUGAUUCACGGUCCAUGUGGUAGUAAGUGUAUGAGGGAUGGUAAAUGUAAGAGAAACUUUCCAAAAGAGUUUUCUGAGUGUACCGUGCAAGGAAAAGAUGCAUACCCUGUUUACAGGAGACGUAAUGAUGGACGACGCGUACGCAAGAGUGAAAGUUUUGAAGUAGAUAAUAGGAUGGUUGUGCCUUAUAACCCUUGGUUAUUACAAAAAUAUGAUUUUCAUAUAAACGUAGAAAUUUGUAGCAGUGUGGAGAGUGUUAAAUACCUUUACAAAUAUGUGUACAAGGGUCCGGAGUAUGUAUCUUUCGGAGUGCAGCCAGUAGACCAUGACGAGAUAGCAAGAUACAUCUUCCCAACCAAACAGAGUGUCAGGUACUAUAAUUACCAAACGUUGGAUGAAAUUUUGUCCGAUGGAAGAAAUUUGAAAACAACUUUGACAGAGUUCUUUGUGACAAAUGCUCGAGAUUAUAGAGCGAUAGAGUUGUUAUACCGUGAAUUUCCAGAACGCUACUGUUGGGAUGCAAUAACCAAAGAGUGGAGAAGAAGACGAAGUACGCAGAAGUCGAUAGGGAGGGUUUAUACGGUACCUUCAUAUGCAGGAGAAGUGUGGUUCUUAAGGCACAUUCUGAACCACGUUAGAGGUCUGACUUCUUUUGAUGAUCUAUUGUUUAUUGAUGGAGAGAGAUGUCGGACAUUCAAGAGAGCUGUCGAAAAACUAGGACUCUUAGAGAAUGAUCAGAGUGUGAGAGCGUCUUUGGCUGAAGCAGCAACAGUCAAGAUGCCGUCUGCUCUGAGAAGACAAUUCUCCUCUAUCUUGGACUUUUGUAAUCCAUCAGGCGUGAGAGGAUUGUGGGAUGAAUUUUUCAACAGCAUGGUCGAGGAUUACUCGAGUUCAAGCAAUACAAUCUCGACAUUCUUAUCAGAUCGUCUUCUUCGUGAGUUGAAUUUGAUGCUUAAGCAGCACGAUAAAGAUAUAUCCAUGUAUGAUCUACCGACGAUUGUAGGCACAUUGGGUGAGGAUUUUGAGAUCUCAAGUAUGAUUCAAGAGGAGUUGUCGAUUCCUAUAUCCGACGAAGACCUGUCUUCUGUCCAAAAGUUGAAUGAAGACCAGUCUAGGGCCUACAAUACAAUCAUGGGAGAAAUUGAGAGAAAAGAAAGUAAAGUCUUCUUCAUAGAUGGUCCAGGAGGUACGGAGAAGACAUAUCUCUAUCGUGCUAUUCUGGCGACUGUUAGGAAAAAUGGUGGUAUUGCAUUAGCAACAAUGUAUGGGUUGUCGUAG